UUCUUUCUUUCUUUCUUUCUUUCUUUCUUUCUUUCUUUCUUUUUUAUCUUAAUGCGUGAUUUGAUAAGUUUUCCUGGUUUAAUUAUACUGAUUAGAGUUUCUAGAAUCCAGAAAGAUUAUUAAAAUAUUUAAGUCAUCAAAUGAUGCUUUCCUCAUCUCAUCUGAUGAAACUAGCCUACACUACAAAAUACUUUUUCUACACAAAAGGGCCAUAUGGUAAAUAAUACAAUUGAUGAGCAUUUUAUUUUCCACAUGAGGCCACGGUAGAAUCUCUAUUAAAUACUCAAGAAUUUAAAAAGCCAUUGAUGCAUGCUGAUGUCAGCAUGUCCAUAAUAAAGAGAUACUUGACCAAUACAGAAAUUGGAGACUAAACGAUCUGCAUUUUAAAGAAUGAUGUCAAAACGCAUUAUGUUCUGUGACUUGAAACAAAAUGAAAGCCAAUAAGGAGAGGGAGUCUGUGCACUACCCAAUCAGAGAAGAGAAGAGCCCAACGAGUUCCGCGCAGGGAUCCAGUGGAGAGAGAGAGUGCCAGAAAUCUGCCAAGUCCUCGUGCCAAAAACUUUUUACCCACAGACGAAUGCGUCCAAGCCAUCCUAAGUCAAGAACUGAAUCUCGAGGAGUAAUACAUCAUAAAGUAGAUAUUACUAGGGAUUCCCUUAUUUAGUUUUCCAUUGUACAAUUCCAGGGCAAUCCGAAAUUGUCUGUGGAAUAUACUCACUGGAAAGGUUCGGGUGGUGAGGAUGGACCGAGCCCCAAGCUCCAGCCCAAGUGGCACCAGUCAAACAUCACAACCAACCCAACAUGAACCCAUCAGCUUCGGCAUUGACCAGAUUCUCAGCGGUACCGAUCAAGAGUCACAGCAGAACUCAACCAGGAAUAAUUCCGAGAGCAACAGCAGCAGCACGAGCGGAGGCGGUUACCAUCUCGGCAGCCCAACUGGAGCGAGCGCAACGCCGUACACGACACUUACGGGCACUUUUCACGGUAUCGCGGCUCCAUAUGAGGAGUCCAGUCCAUACGGAGUGAACUUGACUCUUGCACCCGGAGGAGUGAUUAGGGUCCCGGCUCACAGGCCCCUGGCCGCGGCCGUGCCCCCACCCAUGGCCAGCGCGGUACCCGGACUUGGAAGCCUCAGUUUUCCCUGGAUGGACAGCAGCCAGCGCUUCGCAAAAGACAGGUUUGCAGCCCUGACGCCUUUCACUGUGGCUCGGCGUAUUGGUCACCCGUACCAGAACCGCACACCACCUAAGAGAAAAAAGCCCCGUACGUCUUUCUCCCGAGUGCAGAUCUGUGAGCUGGAGAAGCGCUUCCACAGACAAAAAUACCUGGCCAGCGCUGAACGAGCAGCUUUGGCCAAAACUCUGAAGAUGACAGAUGCUCAGGUCAAAACCUGGUUUCAAAACCGCAGGACCAAAUGGAGGCGGCAGACGGCAGAGGAAAGGGAGGCAGAGCGUCAGCAGGCCAACCGGCUGAUGAUUCAACUCCAGCACGAUGCCUUCCAGAAGUCUUUGACUGAAUCAGUUCCAACAGACCCGCUCUGCAUCCACAACUCAUCACUGUUUGCCCUGCAGAACCUACAGCCUUGGGCGAGUGAGGAGAGUGGCAAACUCGGGGGAGUGACUGCGCUCGUAUGAGUACCACAACUCAAGAAGCAAAUGACGUUCUUGUUCUUUUUUGAUGGACUGGGAUGUUGGUUGACCUUAUCUCCAUCAUAAAAGACUAUUUAAUUCCACAAAAAAGUGAGGAACUAAUAUUGGCCGUCCAACAAUGAGCCAGCCCAUAUAAAUAAAUCAGUUCUACGUUGUAUGAGCCUCUGCAGAACAAACAAAGACCUUUUUUUUGUGGCGUGUCUGUGCGUACAGAGAUUUUUUUUUUUUUUUUUUUUAUCCCCAUCAGGGUCAGUUUCAUUGACAAUGUCACUUGUAGAAGGGAACAGGCCAUCUCAGCUGACCCUUUUACAGAUCCACUGAUCUUCUCCUCCAUCCUUUCAUUUGCCCUUCUGCACCCCCUGUGUAAUUUCUCCACCACUCAGAGCUGUACAAUACAGGAUAAAUGCAGAAGAGGGAAGUAACAAUGAAUGAAUUAUUUAUAAUGUGAAUUGCACAACCUAAAAUGCCCCCAAUCUGGGCAUUUGUGGGGAAAAAACGCACAAAUAAACAAAUAAACGCACAAAUAAAUACACUUUUCCAUCAUCUAUCUAAUUUAUUAUUUUUUUUCAGGCUGGGUAGUAUAUGAAUAUUUCCUCUUUUUUGGGUUCAAAGGAUAACCAGCUACUUUUUUUUUCAAUGAAACUACAUCCCAACCAUUUGAGGAAUCACAUGAAACGUCCAGAAGACAGGCAUAUGACAUUGUACAGGGUGGUUGCAAUCGGUUAGAUUUACACAGCAGUGAUUCCAAAUGCCGCUCAGAAACUCCUCAGAAUCAUGCUUCCAUGGUUGAAUGUUGUGUGUCAGAGGGAAAGAACAAUUUCAGAUGAAACAAGGGUUUGUUAGAUGCCCCUGUGAUGUAGGUGUGCUGUUGCAUCCCAAACUCUGUAUUAUACUUUGUAUUUGAUAAAUAUGUAAAUAGCAUACAAAAGGUAAUAAACAUUCUGUUUUGGCAUUAACACA